AUGUAAUCAAUGACAAAAUGCACGUAAUAUUUAUUUCAAAAUGGCGACGUUCAGAGCGUUAUGUUUUGGUCGAAAUUUAGUGCAAAACAGUAAACUACCUUUAAUCCAGGUAAAUUGAUUGUAGUACCACGAUAUAUCUGUAUUGUUGAAGAAUUUUAUUGUUAAUAUAUUAUAUUUUUGUCCCAGAUUUUAAGCAAAGACCAUGCGAUUAAAUUUGAAUGUUGAUGUAUUUUAUACCAUCAUUUAAAUAUAUUGCAUUAAAAUUCCAGGCAAAAGGCUGUGUUUUGACAUAGCUUUGAUUUAACAUUUUGAUAAAUGUUGAAAUGUUUAGUUUAUUUUUCUACCUAUAGAUAUCUGCGUCGGCAUCCACGGCUACAAACACAGCAAAAAGAGCAAAGACAUUUUCAAUUUAUCGUUGGGUAAGUAUGAGAACUCCAAUGCAACCCCAAUGAAAAGUACUUUAACUCUAGUCUCUACUUACACCAACCCAUUCUCAUACAGAUAUAUCUAUUCUAUACACAUAAUCAUAUGUAUUCUUUCACUUUGAAAAUAUUCAUAAUAAAACGUGAACAUUGAGAUUUUAUACUUACUUUAUAUUUUAUACGUGUACCUAUCAAGUGCGCCUGUGCCAAUUUGCUGUAUUUUAGAUUUUUAGGACCUGAGGAAAGUCUACGAAUGCAAGAUCAUGAAGUUCACUUAGAAACAAUUUUUCUGUAUUUUUUAGGAUCCUGAAAAGCCUGGAGAUAAACCACGAAUGCAAGAUUAUGAAGUAGACUUAAACAGGUCCAUGAUGCCUACUUUUGUUAUAACUUAAUUAAACAAGACAUUCGAACGACUAAACUCUUGAUGGAAAUUAUAAGCAACAAAGCUAGACUGAAAAAAUAAUACAAAUAUGAAUCAACAAUAAAUGUUAAUACUAUCCCGUAAAUUUUUAGUUGUGGUCCAAUGGUACUCGAUGCUUUGAUCAAAAUUAAAAACGAAGUUGAUCCAACCUUGACAUUUCGAAGGUCGUGUCGAGAAGGUAGAGAGUUAGCAAUUAGGCAUUUAUUUCAAAAUCUUCGUUUUCAUAUGGAAAAUUGAAGUUAUUAAGCUUUAUCUUAGGUAUUUGUGGAUCGUGUGCAAUGAAUAUUGGUGGGAAGAAUACGUUAGCGUGCAUUUGGUAAGAAUAUGGGUCGUAUUUAAGUGCGUUUUUUUUAUAUAUAAUUUUAUGAUAUUAAAACAAACUGUAGAGCCAACAAGUUUUUGUCUUGUUCAUUUAGUCGUAUUGAUGAUACAUCAACGAAAAAAGAAAAGAUAUAUCCGUUACCUCAUAUGUACGUCAUCAAAGACCUUGUUCCUGUAAGUGAAUCAUCUAUUUUUCCCAGAAAUAUUAGUCCUAUAAAGAUUUGCAUUUUUACUCAUCAUAUACGUCUAUUUGUAGGAUAUGACCCAUUUCUAUGAGCAAUAUCGUUCAAUCAAACCAUACCUAAUGCGUAAAGAUGACAUGGAAGCAGGCAAGGAACAGCUGUUACAGACGGUGGAAGAUCGCUCUAAACUGGUAGGUCUUGAUUGUCUUUGAAGUAUAAUUUUAUGAAUUAUAAUUACGAUAUAUUGAAGCUUGGUUACUUAGUUGCAUGCACGUUCACAAUUCUACGGAAACGUAUAAAGAUGAGAGGACAAUGCUCCUCUGAAAAGGCUGUGGACAUAGCAAUCCCAGGACAGUGAAGAAAGACCACACAAAAAAAUGGGAAGAUAAAGUGAACGAAGACAUGAAACUCCAGACGAAACUACUCUUGAAACGCGUGAACAUAAAUAAUUCUAAAUUACGACAGUUUCCGACAAUGUUAAAGACAGGUAUCAAUGAUGAAUGAAACUCCUCUCCCAGCCGACGCCUUAAAGAUGGGUAAUAGUUUUAACAAGUAUCUUUUUUAACAUCCCUGCUAAUACUUCUCGAUUUGGUUUCGUUCUAGGACGGACUGUAUGAAUGCAUCCUGUGUGCUUGUUGUACAACCUCGUGUCCAAGUUAUUGGUGGCAUGGGGAGAAAUACCUUGGGCCGGCUGUAUUAAUGCAAGCAUAUCGUUGGAUGAUUGACAGCAGGGUAUGUACAUACACAAAAACGAUACAGUAUAUUCAUAGAUAAUCGCUAUGCUAUAAAAGGUGGCAUCAUAUUCAACGAUACAAGCUAACAUUCUGUGGAUUUUCUUGUCUUCCUUAGGAUCACUAUCAAAAUGAAAGAUUGGCGAUGCUUGAUAAUCAUCAUAGUGUGUACCCCUGUCAUACUAUCAUGAACUGCACCAUGACGUGCCCCAAGGUAUAUCAUUUCAAGUAUUUACGCAUUGAACUCACAAGGAUAGAUAACGGAUACAUUUCUUCGUUUAGGGUUUAAAUCCUGGAGACGCUGUUGGAAAAAUCAAGACAAUGAUGGCCUCUUACGAGAGACCGGCCGAAGCCAAAAUUUGAUUUAUUUUUAUAUGCCCAAAAUAAUGGAUUUGUAGCUGUAUUUAUUUAGCAACAUCGGUUGAAAUCGAUGUACGAGAGAUUUAGUUAUAAUGCAUUAUGUAUGGCUCAUGCCAUCUAAUUUUAUGUACAAAAAUAUGAACGAUAACACCAACACACAGCUGUUGUUAUUUGUUGUUUUAAUGUAUUAUGACCCAGUUAAUAUAACAUAAGAGCGCAUAAGAAUGGCUGCUUAAGUCUGCCGCACUUGCCUGAGGUAACAAUCUCAUGAGGCCGUUUGCUCCACAACACUCUCGUAUGGUUUCUCCUACGAACUUGACCUCGACAGGCUGUGAGACAAACAUCUAUGGUGUUUGAUUUCUGAGAAACUCUGCCAAUAUACGGUUAGCUCAACCCAUGCGCGUAGAUUUUGUUUUGUGGAGGUAGUCAAUCUUCAAAUGGAGCAAAGGUACAGCCACUAACUCCAUGCCUUGGUCUGUAACUCCAGAAUUCUUAUUUCAACUAAUUUUGAGGCGCACAUUUUGAAUAUAUGGAGUUCUAUGGCUCCCUAACUUCUGCAACCAUGGCUCAGCCAAUAUGUUCAGUGGUCUUGAUACUACAAUUCUGAGCGCUCAACUUCCCGAUGCCCUCCGGCAUAUGCAAAUAUAUUUACCUGAUAUUGGUGGUUAUUCAAAAAAACGUUUACCACUUAAUAACAACUCUGUCUCAUUCCUAAGAAAGAAAAUACCAUUUAAUACGUACAUUUGUAAAGUGUCAAUGAACAAAUUCUUCAAUUGCUGAAUUGCAUAGAGUAUUAGAGGGAAUUAGUAAUUACCUUACCUCCAUUACCACAUUUAUUUCAACUCGCUUUUUCAAUCUAAACUAUAUCUUUUCAACUUUAACAUUUUUAAAUUUUUUUUUCAACUUUAACAUUCUUAAAAAAAAUCACCUGUUUUGGAAAUAACCCUCUCUUCUUGAACAUACAUUCGAAACGACCACUCAUGCAUAUAAUACCUUACUUCGUCAAUACAUAGCGUUCACCGUUCCCCUUCUUUUCAUGAACGAAAUUUCACUUUACACAAACUCACGAAAUUGCCUGUCAAAAUGCCUCACGAUUCCUUUCAAAAACAUUCUUCAAUAGAUACCGUGCACGUUUUACUCGUUCUUCCCACGAAUCUUCUACAUUCACUUGCCUACAUUCAUAAAAGCUUCCCUUUCCAAGAAAACUAGGUACAAUGCACUGUUUUUCAUCCAUGUUUCAGCUUACACACACCACGUACUCACAACACCCUAUCUUUUCAGCCUGCUUCAUUUCAGUCAAACGUCAUUAAUGCAUUAUGCAACUUUUUUGUAAUUACUAAAACCAUUCGGUUUUCAAACAAAAACUAAUUAACACUGUCGAUAUAAUGGGGCCCUGCUAUCUAUAACACAUCUAACUUUACAUUCACUUACUAUACAUUCAUUUACUAUACAUUCUUUUUAAGAUUAAUAUUUUACUGAGAGAUGGAGCCAAAAAUGAAAACUCAAAAACAAUCUCUUUCAACUGUUAUCUACUUUCUUUACUUUACUGUACAACAUACAACAUUGAAGACCACAUUAAAAAAUACUGUCCACCUUUGUUCCCUCUCGUCUUUUUGUUCCCUCUAAUAGGCUCAACUUUUUGCUGCAUCACAUGUUCACAUUGCAUACGCCUUUCACUAUACUUCCACUACCACCUUUCACUACUUCCUCCAUCCAUCCCACUGGAUCCUGUAUGGCUAAUUCCCAUCCCAUUCCCACCAUUCAUGCUGCUAACCAUAUGUGAUGAAGGUAUCCCACCACCUGGACUACUCAUACCACUCAUGUUCAUAGGAGAUCCCAUACUACCUCCCAUACCCCCAGCCAUACCAGCUGCCAUCCCUUGGGCCAGUGCCGCCAUAUUCCACAUCGCGUUCAUCUGAUUGGCUAAAGAACUCGAUCCACUUCGAUCAGGAAAGCUACCAUAUGGUACCAUGUUUCCAGCCCAAAAUCCUCGCAUUUCACGUGGGGUUGCUGGGCUUUCAUGUGGACGACUCGUGCGGCUCUUACUUUGCGAUUUGGGCUCUGCUGGUGUACAGUUAAUGCGAGCCCCAUUUAUCAUAUGCACACGAGAAAGUACAUUGCGGGCUGCUUCGCACGAUGCAAAUGUAACAAAACCAAAUUGCCGAUAAGGUUGGGGUAAAUACACAUCUGAUAAUGUACCAUAUUUUUCAAAAUAAUUUCGGACAUCUGACGACGUGCAAUUGCUCGGUAGUCUACCAAUGAAUAUCUUUCUUGGUGAAUCAUCCUGGCAAAAGAAAGUAACAUUUUAAUGUUAAUUAAC